AUGUCUGAUGAAGAAAAAUUUGCUGAUGCUGAUGCUUUACUCCGUGUUGGUAAUGRUCAGUCACUGACUAGAAAUUGUAAAAUUGAUCUGUCUGAGCUUUGUUUUUUGAUGUCUAAUUUGAUGGACCUAAUUGAAAAUGUUUACCCAGAUUUACCUAAUAUUUCGACUAAAACGCCAAGUUGGUUUCAAGAAAGAGCAAUAUUGUCACCAACUAACGAUCAAGUCAAUAAAAUAAAUGACAUGAUACUGUUAAAAUUCAACGCACCAACAAAAGUUUACUAUUCCAUURACACUGUUUUAGAUGCAGAGAAGGCGAUACAUUAUCCAACUGAAUUUUUAAAUUCUUUAUCACCUUCAAGGACCCCACCACACAAAUUAAUUUUUAAAAUAGGGUCUCCUAUAAUUUUACUUCGUAACUUAAGUCCGCCUAAAUUAUGCAACGGUACAAGAUUACAAAUAAAGUCUUUAAAAAACUGUCUGCUUGAGUGUAUAAUCCUUACUGGCUGCGGAGCUGGGGAAAUGGUCUUGGUUCCUAGAAUACCAAUGAUACCAACCAAUUUGCCAUUCCAGUUCAAACGGCUCCAAUUUCCCGUGAAAUUAAGCUUUGCAAUGACUAUUAAUAAGGCACAAGGUCAAACAUUAAACGUUGCCGGUUUAGACUUAACCGUCCAGUGUUUUUCCCAUGGUCAAUUGUACGUAGCUCUGUCACGUGUCACAUGCAAACAAAAUCUAUUWGUGAUGGCCCCAGAAGGUGAGACACUUAACGUGGUGUAUCCAGAAAUAUUUAAUGCUUAA